ACAAAGCAUGCAUUUGCAUUAGCGGAGCUGGUUUCACCUCCACCACCGCCACCACCACCACCACAGGAGAACGACGGGAUUAACGAGGACAGAGCUGAGAGACCCGGGGGACUUCCUGUAGACCCGAGACCCGAGAAGGGACGGAUAUAUGAUGAGUAGUUCAGAGACCGUGUAGACUCCACCUGUGCUGCUGUGUGUUUGUAGCGACAACGACGCCGGGACUGAGUGUAUUUUCUGCACAGAGACUUCUGCGUUUGUCCCAUCGUCAACAAGAUGCAUAUGAAUAGCUUAAUAAAUCAAUGGACGGACAUCCCCAGGAUGUGUGACGUGGACGUUUCCCCGGAGCCCACCAGUCCCACCCUGUACGGUGAGUCCUCGGACAAGUAUUACCAUGUGGACCGCUGGCAGAAGCUCCGCACUGCCGUCCGCAAGCUGGAGUUCUGGGAGAACUUUGACUCCGAGCUCAUCGGGAGUGGCUUCUUCUCCAAAGUCUACAAGGUGAUGCACAGCACCAGUCGCAAGGUGACGGUGGUGAAGAUCUACAAAAACGACGUGGACCAAGACAGCAUUGUGCGGGAGAUCAGCCUGCUGCAGAAGCUCUCCCACCCCAACAUCGUCAGAUAUCUGGGAAUCUGUGUCAAAGAAGACAAACUUUAUCCAAUCUUAGAGUAUGUAAAUGGUGGCUGUCUGGAGGAGCUCCUGGCCAGGAAAGAUGUUCCCCUGUGCUGGAGAGAGAAGGUGGACCUGGCCUGUGAUAUAAGCAGAGGAAUGAUCUACCUGCACUACAAGAACAUUUACCACAGAGACCUCAACUCCAAGAACUGCCUGAUCCGGGUGACGUCUCGGGGUCGAGAGGCCCUGGUCACUGACUUCGGCCUGGCCAGGGAAGUGGUGGAGCUGCCGGUCAAAGACCCCGGCAGGAAGCUGUCACUGGUGGGCUCGGCCUUCUGGAUGGCCCCUGAGAUGCUCCGAGGAGAGCCUUACGACCGCAAGGUGGAUGUUUUCUCUUUCGGCAUCGUGCUCUGUGAAAUCCUGGCCCGGAUCCCUGCCGACCCAGAGAUACUACCCAGGACACAGAACUAUGGGCUGGAUGUGAAUGCGUUCAGGGAGCUGGUGAACGACUGUCCUCAGAGUCUCCUGGAGUUAGCAGCCAGCUGCUGUAUGGUGGAGUCCUUCAGGCGGCCAGCGUUCACAGAGCUCCUGGACGAGUUGGGAGAAGUCGCUGAAAGUCUGGAGCCGCCGCCGAAACCCGAUGAUACCUCGAGCUGAGUGGUUUGCCUCGGAAACCCCCCCCACCCCUCCAGAGGCAGGUGGUAUCCGAGUGUCCGGGAGUACUUGGUCUCUGUCUGGGACAGGAAGCUGAACUUUGACCCCAAAGCCCUCAGUGGCAUCACUCUCCUCUACUGCACCCAAACACGACCACAGCUGAACUCGUCUACACCGAGGGAGGUGCAGAUAUGCUAGAUGUGUUUUUUGGAGAGGAGUGGAAGGUCUACUGGCUUCUCGUGGACUCUUUGCUUUGACAUUUUGUGUACAGAUGAUUUGUAGUUAGACUGCAGGAUGGAAUGUACAGUUAUCUGUGUUUUGUUUUUUUUGGCAGCAUGUCUACUCGACCUAAAGCGUCUUACCAUCUCUUCCUUCUGUUUUGUCUGUGAGGUUUGUCUGUCAUAGACGACACAGAUGAUCAAAUCUGUCGAUGUGUUUUCUGCCUCUUAUAUCUGCUCUUAAAGAAACACACCAGUGGACAUCACUUCAUAUAAAACAGGAAACAAGAGAUACGUCUUGUAGACUUUACAGAGUUGAACUGAAAUUUACAGAAACAGUUGAGGUUCACAAAUCAUGCUCACAGUCAUUUACUAUAUAUAAUUAUAUAAUAAAAAAAUGUCUUGACUGACACUGAAAACCUACCUUAAACAUAUCAGUUUUUCAGGAAAGAAGGAAAAAAUCUUUACGGCCUUUACUUUGUAUUUUUGAGAUGUUAAAUGACUAUUCACGCUUUGUCAUAUUUUGACGUCGUUGCUUUGAACCAAUCAUGUGCGUGUAAAUAUUUUAAGCUUCUUUUUUUUUUUUGCUCCCAACUUUUAAAAUCCUGCCACCUUUCUUUGGAUUUAAAGGGUCCACAUUCCUUUAAGUUUACCAGUAUAUACUAUUUUUGGGUAUUUGUUGUGUAUCGGUGACUUUUCAGGCAGCUUAUUGAACUAAUUCCACAAUUUUAGUUAGUUCUAAAAGUUCGGAGAGUUUCAGGUGUCUUGCACAUAAACACAUAACUAUGAUAAAACAGUGAAAAAAUAUAAAAAAACAACACGGAAAUACUGGCGAAACAGGGAAACCGCAGCAGGCUUAUGAAUACAGAAACAAAAGUCACCACAGUGAGAAGAAAUAAAAAUAAUUUAGAACUUAUUUUAAGGAAGAUCAUCAGCUCAGAUGAGGAUAAAUAUUCAUAUGCAUUCUGAAGUCGCUGCUUCACUUUUCACAUUCCUUCAUUGAACACUAUGGAAACAUUUUUCUUUAAAUCUCCCUAAAUAUAAAUAAAAUUUCAGUCCCCUUUCAUAUCAGUACCUGUGUGUCAUUUGUUGUGAGACAUUUUUCUUUUUUACACUGAACUCAAUUAAACAGUAUUAAAAUCACAGGAGCUGCUGAACAGGAGCUCCAAUUAAUGAAAGGACUCAUAGGUAUAUUGUCCACACAUACUUUUUAGCGUUUUUCACAGUAAAUUCUGCCUUGUAAAAGAAGUAACUUUUUCUGGCAUUAGGGAUUACAAGUUGUAAAGAUUUAGAAGUAUAAAUUAACAUUGUUUAAAGGUGCAACGUGUAAUCACUGGCAAACCUGCUCCAAACAACAGUGGGCAGCAUUUCCCCUCUACUACUCCAUACAAUCUAAUUUUAGAGUCAUCCGUAAUAAAAAAAAAGAACAACUACAAACUAACAGCAGGGUAAGAAAACGCAAAAAAUCUAUCAAACUACUG